AAAUGAAGCCUUCUUUUUCUUCUUUCGUCUUUUCUUAUUCUUCAUAUCAUCAUGAUAGACAGUAAUUUUAACGGUUGGUUAGGUGUUGUACUAUCGUCUACUGCUUGCGUUGUUGGAGCUUCUAUUGUAUUUAUUGAUAAACUCUCUAGCAAGUCUUUAUUAGACAGUCGGUCUUUUAUGGCUUCUUCCAUGUCAUUGGCAUCAGGCGUAUUGUUGUUUUCAUCUUUAGCCAUGUUAUUUCCACAAGCACAAGCACGACUUCAGAAUGACGCAUUAGCCUAUACCUGCUUCUUUGCGGGUGCUACUUUCACAGUCAUUUUAACCCGAAUCAUACACUCUUUAAUGCCAGACGCAAUUCAUGCCUGUGGUGAAGCAAGAGAAGACUGUCACCAUCCACAAGAAAGAGCAAAAAUCAAAAACAACCAUCCUUGCGAUAUAGAAUAUGGUUCUAUUCGAUCCAGCCAGUCUCAUUUUCGAUUUCAUCAUGAUGAGCAUGUUCAUAGCGAUGCAGCAGAAAGCUCAGACACACUCAGUGACUCACCCAGCACACAUCAACACAACAGCCACGAAUCCGUAGAACAAAUCAUGCAGAGUGAUCCUGGACAUUAUUACAGCAUUGGUAUUCAGACAGCUAUUGCUAUCUGUGUUCAUAAAUUCCCUGAGGGCUUAAUUAUGUUUAUCUCUAGUCAAGCAUCUUCGGCUUUAGGACUGAGUGUGGGUAUUGCCAUGUCAAUUCAUAACUUGACUGAAGGAUUUAUGAUUUCGUUACCUCUGUACUACGCUACACGAUCAAGGAGUACUGCGUUUACUUAUGCCGCAUUGAUGGGUGGAUUGUCACAACCAUUGGGUGCGCUCAUUGGCUUGUUUUUGAUCAAGAGCAUCUCAAAGCAUAGUGAGGAUGUCUUGUUUGGUAUCGUGUUUGGAUGUAGUAUGUUGCCUCAAGCCAUUCGUGCUGAUGUAAAGCAACAUUAUGUACUCGUCUUUUUCUUCUUGGGCAUCUUCUUAGUUGGUCUUUCAUCUGUUCUGGAAGCUAUUUAA